CAAAUUGCUUGAGCCCGCGCUCGUAGGGCCACGCCCUGGCAGAUGUCGGCAGUCGACAGUCAAGUCGAAGCGAUCCAAGCUGUCAUCGGCUGCACGGAGGCCGAGGCCGAGCGUCUUCUCGAGAGCGGCGGCGGCUCAGCUUAUCGAGCUCUUGAUCUGUACUACGAGGGCGAAACCAUCCCGAGCCCAUCUCGCCGUCGCUACUCGCAACUCGAGCUGCGGGACCUGCUCGGCCUCGACGAACUGUCCAGGUCGAUUAGCGAAAGCGACUGGGACGCAACGAAAAAGGUGCUGGAUUUGGUGCAAAAGCCGGAGGAAUUGAAGAAUUUUCUGCAGAGCGACGAGUGGGAGGCGGCGCUCGGCCGCCAGCCCACGCUCCUCUCGUACUUCUGUCCCGCAUCCCACAUGGGCUUGGAUACGACCGACCUCUGGCCUCUCCUCGAGUGUGCCAUGAACAACUACACCGCGAGUGCGGAAAUUCUGCUCACUCACGGCUCGCCGGUGGACUUUCCCAAGGUGAUGGGCGGCGACGAAGGAGCUCCCCAACUCUUCCCGGACGGGUACACCACCCCCCUCAUGCACGCCGCCGGAUCCGGGCAUCACGAGAUCCUUGAGCUCCUCCUCCACCACGGCGCCGACCCCAACCUCGCCGACGAGGAGGGCGACAAGGCGUACGAGUGGGCGCUGGCUUCCGACGACGAGGAGUGGCCCCCCCUGAUGGACUACGCGGACCGGCCCCCGAAAGACAUCUCCUGGGGCGAGCCCGCGGUGAGCGAGCCCGACCCGCUGCCUCCGCGCGACGCGUCGAGCUGCACACUCUCCGACCCAGCGGGCGCCGCGGCGUGAUCCCCGCGUGGCGUGCAGGCGUUGGGCCGAUUGUCUCGGGGUGGAGCCGCGCGCUCGCUCUGUGCCUUGUGGCAGUGUGCCUGCGCCUUGUGCGGGUCGGACCCACGGGCAUGAUGGCAUGUGCAGUCGGGAGCGGAGCGAGGGAAGCGGAAGGGGGAGGCAGGGUCGGAAGGCCGCUGGAGGUUGGUCGCGCGCUCUGACUCGCACGUUCGCAGCACGUUCGCUGUGUGUUGAGUGUGUGCAAUUCCUGUCUCACUGUUUGUUGCCCUUUCUGUGUGCACACACUGUGGGGGGCAAACCCGCGGGUUGGUGCAUGGUGGUUUUUGAUGCUGGAGUGUUAAUCGUGAGGCGUGUCAGAGG